AUGAUGGAUUUGGAAGUCGACGAGAACGACUUGAAAGCCGCCGGCGCCGAACUCUUCGCCGAAGAUGGACGGCGAGGCAUUCGCAUCAAUGGCUGGGUGAUCGAAACUCGGAGGCACUCUAUACUGAACUCCUCCACCAUCCAAGAGUGGGAACAGAAACUUGAUACGUCUCAUUUACCAGAAAUGGUUUUCGGGGAAAAUACUUUAAUUCUGAAACACUUGGGUAGUGGCACCAAAAUUUAUUUUAAUGCAUUUGAUGCUCUUUGUGGUUGGAAACAGGAAGCCCUGCCGCCAGUUGAAGUUCCUGCAGCUGCUAAAUGGAAAUUUAGAAGCAAGCCCUCUCAGCAAGUAAUACUAGAUUACGACUACACAUUUACAACACCAUAUUGUGGAAGUGGCACUAUUGAGAGUGAUAAAGAUCUGGAUGAGAGAGGAAUUUCUAAGGAAACCAGUGAUAUCCUGUGGGAAGACUGCAAAGAUCAAAUUGAUGUAGUAGCACUUGCAUCCAAAGAGCCCAUACUUUUCUAUGAUGAGGUUGUGUUAUUUGAGGAUGAACUUGCUGAUAAUGGAGUAUCACUUCUUACUGUAAAAGUGAGAGUAAUGCCAAGCUCUUGGUUUCUUCUGUUGCGAUUCUGGCUUAGAGUUGAUGGAGUGUUGAUUAGACUGAGAGAAACACGCAUGCAUUGUGUUUUUGGUGGAAAUACAAAUCCCAUUAUACUUCGAGAGAGUUGCUGGAGAGAAUCUACAUUUCAAGCGUUGUCUGUAAUAGGGCACCCUUUUGAUUCUGGCGCGUAUGGUGAUCCAAGCUUCAUUAGCCAGAAGCUCCCCAUCAUAAUGCAUACGACCAAAAAGCUUUAUAACCUUUCGUGUAAGAAGCAAAAUUCGUUGGGAAAACGGAAAUGCAUGGAACGGAGCAGGCGCUUUCACUAUCAUUCACAUUAG